AAAGCUUCUGGAAAAUGUCCGGACGCGGGAAAGGAGGAAAGGGGCUCGGAAAAGGAGGCGCCAAGCGUCACCGUAAAGUUCUCCGUGAUAACAUCCAGGGAAUCACCAAGCCCGCAAUUCGCCGUCUGGCUCGUCGUGGCGGUGUGAAGCGUAUCUCCGGCCUCAUCUACGAGGAGACCCGCGGUGUCCUCAAGGUGUUCCUUGAGAACGUGAUCCGUGAUGCCGUCACCUACACCGAGCACGCCAAGAGGAAGACCGUCACCGCCAUGGAUGUUGUCUAUGCCCUGAAGAGGCAGGGACGUAGGCCUACCCUGUACGGCUUCGGCGGUUAAACCAGACUCAACAAACUAUGACCCCAAUGGCUCUUUUAAGAGCCACUCAAAUCUUUCUAAGAGUCUCCUACCUUGAUCUAGGUAUAGCCUUUAAGU